AUGCUUCUCUUGUUCAUUUUUCCUGUUGUCAAUUCAUGUAUCCCUACUCAACAAGUGGAAACCACAUCAACCACGACAACCACGACAACCACAACAACAUCCACGACCACAACGACUCCUAUUCCGUGCCCAACUGGCUGGGCACAAUCUGACGAAAGACCUAGUGGACCAUGGUGCAUCAAGGCAUUUCGUGAUUUCGGUAUAACUCAGUACGAUGCGCAAGCCGCUUGUGGUGCUCAGGGAGCAGUCCUCAGCGGAAUUCAAAAUCAAGUCGAGAUGCAAAUGAUGGCUGGAUUGGCAAUGACGGGUGGUCAUUGGCUUGGCGCUAGAAGAACGGCCGCAUGUAUUGGGCAGCUAGUGACCGCGACAUGCACCCGACUGAACUCAUUUGAAUGGACAGACGGCUCUGCGACCGGCACCGAUGGAUUUAAUUGGAGACUUUCAGACGGAGAGCCAAACAAUCUAUUUUUAAAUGUUUUCAUUCAAUACGAAAAUUCAUGGUUUUUUUUUCAAUAUUGGUAUCGACAAGUUAUAUUGCAAAACACACUCAAAUUGUGCUGCAAUAUAUUGGGCAGCAAAAACUCUACAAUUGGCCUAUCGUAUUAUUACAUUAACCAUUUCAUUUUUUAAUUUUAAAUUAGUUUAUUUAAUAUUUUUUUUUUUUGGUAUCUUUUUGUUGGAUUUAUACAGUGCCGGCCAAUAUUCUAAUCGCUUUUAGUUUUUUUGAGCAAACGUCUUUAUUUGUCAAUCUUUUGAAUAGUUAAACAUUAUUUUGGUAUUAACACUUGAAAAUGAGGGA